CCGAACCGAGCUGCCAAAAACGGGGGCCAAGACAGAUGGUGCUUCUGCGCGUCUGCCACCGCUUCGGCCGCCCCCCGCGCUUCCCCUCCUUCCUCUCCAUGGCGGCGCCCCAGCAACCUGGUAAAACCCUGCCGCGCCCCUGUCCUUCGCCUCCCCUCUCCGGGUCGGCGCCCAAGAGGUUCAGGGCGAUGGCCACAGACGUCGCGGCGGCGGCGGUGGAUCCUCCAGCCGCCAGGGGCUGCCCCGCUAUGAAGGCGGAGUUCGCCAAGCACGCCGAGUACCUCAACGCCCUGAAUGACAAGAGAGAAAGGCUUGUGAAAGCUAGUCGGGAUGUGACAAUGAACAGCAAAAAGGUCAUCUUUCAGGUCCACAGAAUCACGAAAGUUAACAGGGACGAAGUUCUCUCCAAGGCAGAAAAUGAUCUUGCUGCAGUGGUUAAUCAAUACAUUGCAAAACUAGUAAAAGAAUUACAAGGAACUGACUUCUGGAAGCUCAGAAGAGCCUACACCUUUGGUGUACAAGAAUAUGUCGAAGCUGCAACACUGUGUAGAUUUUGCAAGACUGGCACUCUAUUAAGUCUUGCUGAAAUUAAUGAUUCUUUACUAGCACUAAGUGAUAAAUCUGUUGAGCCCUUACAGUUAAAUGUGCUUGACUAUCUUUUAGGGGUUGCUGAUUUGUCAGGAGAGCUUAUGAGGCUCGCAAUAGGCCGUAUAUCUGAUGGGGAAGUUGAAUAUGCAAAAACUAUCUGUGCUUUUGUACGUGAUAUUUACAGGGAGCUGACUCUUGUGGUACCUCUAAUGGAUGACAAUAAUGAGAUGAAGAAGAAAAUGGAGGUCAUGCUGCAAAGUGUAGUAAAAAUUGAGAAUGCUUGCUUCAGUGUUCAUGUGAGAGGUUCAGAGUACAUUCCUCUGCUAGGAUCAUCAGGAGACCCAGAUUAUUCCUUUUUCGGUGCCUCAGACUUUGACCAAUGAAUGUUUUGAAGCAAGAAGAACUAAUUGAGUGUUAAAGGAGCUUAGAUCGAUUUAAGGAGAGUGGUUGCGUUAGGUGUUUGAUUUUUAUUGCCAGUUUAUGUUGCACAUCUUGGAGUCUGUAAAUCUUGCCCUAAGGUGGUAACCUGGGAGAAUAAUGUUGCAAGACUACCCUUUUUAUGGUGCAGCCUGUUUGAUCUGUGCUAAUAACAGUGUUCGUAAUAGCUGAAAGAUUUGUCUAUGUGUUGGCAACUUCA